AUGGAAAGAGAGGAGAAGGAGGGGAAGCGCGACGUCCGGUCCAAAUGGAAAGAGAGCCACUCCGGUGUGGAUAGAGUGUACAGGGGAAGGCCCUAUUACUCUGACUCAUACAAAUACUAUGGAGAGCCUGAUGGGGCAAGGAGAAGGAAAAUAGAUCAUCAGCAAGACGGCACUAUCCGGUACAGAGAAGGAGGAAGCCACUCGGCACAUAUUCCUUACAUGCCCUAUCCUCGCGUUUGGGUUCCACAUGGGCCACACCCUGGUAACAGAUAUGAAACAGGAGAAAGAAAAAGUCUCGAGGUGGAGCGCCCGACAAGGGGAUACGAAGGAACAGAUCCAAGCUCCUAUAAAAACGAAAGAUAUGCACUUAAAGCAAAGAGAAACGGGUCUCCCUCCAGGGCGAUAGGGAUAUUUGGGCUGGGAGCACACAUAACCGAAGACGACGUUAGAGACCUUCUCAAGGAGAGGAUCAGUGAGAUACUGAACUAUCGGGUAGUAAUAGUCUACGACAAAUACAAGAGGAUGUCCAAAGGAUAUGGAUUCGUUCAGUUUGACUCUGUCGACGAUGCGAUAACUGCCAGGAACAGGCUGGUGGGGCAGACCAUCAAAGGAAAGGAAAUACGAGUUGACUAUUCCAUCGAGUGA